GUGGCAGAAAGGCGGAGCGCAAUCAGACAACGAACACUCGAAGCACUUCCUUCGCCAGUGCGCACCCAAUCCCCGAGACGUCCCCCCACGUAGAGCUGCGCCGCCUGCUGGCGGCUGGCGGGAAGACACUGGAAUAGCCAGUGAAAAGGACUGGGGCAUAGAUCUGAAGAGCCAACCAGUGAACGAAUGCGGCAUAAACGAGGAUGGCAGCACGUGGUACAGAGAGAGCGGAGAGGACAUGGGGGACAAUGGCUAUCGGUGCCGAUGGACCAUCAUGGGUGGACGACACCCCAACGGGGCGUCCGAGUGGAAGGAAACUUGGUGGGAGAAGAGCGACUGGACGGGGUACAAGGAGCUGGGCGCGGAGAAGUCGGGCAGAAACGAUCAAGGAGAUAGCUGGUGGGAGACGUGGCAAGAAGUAUACGUUGUGGAUAACUGGAGCGGCAUUCCGAGAAUAGAAAGAAGCGCGCAUAAACAAGCCAAAUCAAGACAAGAAAACGUCUGGAAUGAAAAAUGGUGGGAGAAGUACAACGGUAAGGGGUGGACGGAGAAGGGGUCGCACAAGUACGGCCGGUCCAACGACCAGUCGUGGUGGGAGAAGUGGGGCGAGCAGUACGACGGCCAGGGCAUGGUGCUCAAAUGGACGGACAAGUGGGCGGAGAAGGAUGACGGCACCAAGUGGGGCGACAAGUGGGAGGAACGGUUCACAUCGGGUGUGGGGCACAGACAAGGGGAGACCUGGCACGUGGAGAACUCAGGCUCCCGCUGGUCAAGAACAUGGGGCGAGGAGCACUUUGGGGAUGGGAUGGUGCACAAGUAUGGGAGGAGCACGAGCGGUGAACAGUGGGAUGUGGUGGUGGCUGAGCCAACAUACUAUGAGGGGAAGCCACACUACGGCUGGGAUGAAGCUGUGGCCAACUCCUCACAACUGCUAUCCAUUGAGAUCAGGGACCGCACAGAACCCAGUGACGCCCUGGCUGCUGGGGACAGUGCCAGUGCUGCAAGGCUCUUCUCCCCGCGUGCCAUCAUCAUGCCACCUGACCAGCCCGAACGGCAGUUCCAGUUCUCGUUUCAGCUCCAGCAGUACCUCCAGCCACUGGCGUCGCGUCAUCUCCAAUUCAGCUUCCACAUGGAGGAAGUUGUGGAUAUUUUCACACCCAAGGACAUGCUUGGUGGGGAAGCAGCCGUGGAUGCACUUAGUGACGCAGCUAGCCAGGCGGACAAGGCUCUGAGCAGAGGACAGUUCACAGCCAAGAAAACUUCAGGCAGAGUGGUGCAGAGCGGCAAGUUCAUCGCGCUGUGGGAGGUGGGCCCUGCAGGCAAGCCCUCCUGGGGUGUGGCAGCUGGAGCGAGUGCGGAGGAGCGCAGUGGGAGGGGCGAGGGACGAAGGGCGCUGGUGGAGGAACCUGUGGGCGGCAGUGGUGGGUUGCGUGACACUUUGCAUGGGCGGCCGUCCCUGCCUGGUGCACGCAUAGCCUGGCUCAUGUGGACCCGCAACGCCCCCUCUCCUGCUCCUCCUCCGCCUCCGCCUACCCCUCCCACUCCCACUCCCACCUCACCACCUCCAAUCCCUCCUCCACACCCCUCUCCAUCUUCCCCUCCUCCAUCCCCUCCUCCAUUCCCCCCUACUCCAUCCCCUCCCUCUUCCCCUCCUCCAUCCCCUCCCUCCUCCCCUCCUCCACCCCCUCCCUCCUCCCCUCCUCCACCCCCUCCCUCUUCCCCUCCUCCAUCCCCUCCAUCUUCCCCUCCUCCAUCCCCUCCCUCCUCCCCUCCUCCAUUCCCCCCUCCUCCAUCCCCUCCCUCUUCCCCUCCUCCAUCCCCUCCCUCCUCCCCUCCUCCACCCCCUCCCUCCUCCCCUCCUCCAUUCCCUCCAUCUUCCCCUCCUCCAUCCCCUCCCUCCUCCCCUCCUCCAUCCCCUCCCUCUUCCCCUCCUCCAUCCCCUCCCUCCUCCCCUCCUCCAUCCCCUCCAUCUUCCCCUCCUCCCUCCCCAUCCCCACCGUCUCCUACUCCUCAUCCUCCUCUGCCGCCUCCCAGUCCUCCUCCUCCCCCCUCUCCACCACCAAGUCACCCUCCCUCUCCCCACCCUUCCCCUCCUAAACCACCCCCUCCCUCUCCUCCGCAUCCUCCCCCUUCACAUCCCCCUCCUCCGCCUCCCCAGCCUCCUCAGCCUCACCCCUCUCCCUCUCCACCUCCUCCUUCUCCCCUUCCUCUCCCUCCUCACCGUCCCCCUUCCCCUCAUCCCCCACCUCCACCCCAUAAUCCCCCCCCUCCACUACCCCCACCUCCCGCACCCCCCCCCAGCCCCACCGCCUCCUCCCCGUUCACCCACAACACCGCCGCCCCCUCCGCAUGCACGCAGCAGCAGGGUGGCAGUGCUGCUGCGGGCGAGGCAGCACAUGGUGCACCGCCAUGCCGCACUCGGGCUGCCCUCCCUUGCAUCGCUGCUCUCCCGCCUGCUGCCCUCCCUGUGUCAUGCCCCACAGGGUGCCACACAGCUGCUCUCCACGAGCAGCGACGAGCACAGCCCUUCUGCCAGCCCCCAUGCAUCGCAAUAGUGUAG